ACUGCGCGGGCGCAAGUCGUGCAAGCAGUCAAGCACCCGUGAAGGCCAUGUGACGUUCGACAUCACGUCGCCCUCCACACACGCAGGCUGAGAUACCUGGACCGCACACAUUGAAAACCAUUGUGAACCACGUCGCGCGUCGCCGCUGCUUACCUGGCAAAGUUCACUCACACACGAGUACACAACUUGUCGCGACCGCGGUCUCCGUUCUCGACCGCUUACAUACUUAUUCAUUUUAAUAAAAUAAAAAAAUCUUAACUGUAGUUACAAUGUACUUUAAUCCUCGUCAUUAAAGAUUUAAUUGAAAUUCAAAAAAAUAUAUCGAGCUGGAUGCAGUGUGACUAUAAAAUCUAUCAAAUAAAUACAAUAUGCCGUAUAUCAUGGUAAUGGGGAGCCUGAGCGCGCCGCAUCUAUCUAAAGAUGAAGGAGCAACUGUCUACGGACUGAAAAGCGAAGAAAGAGCUGCACUUGUGAGGGAGAUGAACUCAUCUUUCGGCAUGGUAGUUUCAACGUCAUCCGAUCAAGAACGGACCGUUCGCGUAACCCAGAAGGGUCUCACACUCGUACUCGUCAACAGAAUCCAUGGUCUACUGGGCUACGAUGUUGUAUCACAUGCCAUGGCGAUGACCAAUGCGAACCGAGAACUAAUUUCAUUCACUAUGUACAAGAAGUCAAGUGGAAACUCUCACAGUCAGUCUCAUGGUCAAACUCAUAGCCACGGCCAUACUAGCUCUCAUAAAAGUCAUACACACAGCAGCGUGGUCACGCUUUGAUUUUAUUUAGUCGACAUGAUGACGUGCCUACUUCACCUGAUGAUGCUCAUUCUAUCACGUGGCUUAGGAUCAACGAAUCAAGUCAGCCUUACUUUAUCUCGUUGAAAGUCGAAAAAAUUAAUAAGAUGUAAAUAAAUAAUUGUGAUAUAACGG